GUGUAGGCAAGAGCAGCUUGCUGUUACGAUUUGCAGACAACACCUUCUCAGGCAGCUACAUCACCACAAUCGGAGUGGACUUCAAGAUCCGGACUGUGGAGAUCAAUGGGGAGAAGGUGAAGCUGCAGAUCUGGGACACAGCAGGGCAAGAACGCUUCCGUACCAUCACCUCUACGUAUUAUCGGGGGACCCACGGGGUCAUUGUGGUUUACGACGUCACUAGUGCUGAGUCCUUUGUCAAUGUCAAGCGAUGGCUUCAUGAAAUCAACCAGAACUGUGAUGAUGUGUGCCGAAUAUUAGUGGGCAAUAAGAAUGACGACCCUGAGCGGAAGGUGGUGGAGACAGAAGAUGCCUACAAAUUUGCUGGGCAGAUGGGCAUCCAGCUCUUUGAGACCAGUGCCAAGGAGAAUGUCAACGUGGAAGAGAUGUUCAACUGUAUCACAGAGCUGGUUCUACGAGCAAAGAAGGACAACUUGGCGAAACAGCAGCAGCAGCAACAGAACGAUGUGGUGAAGCUCACGAAAAACAGUAAACGAAAGAAACGCUGCUGCUAAUGGCCCAGUCCACUGCAGAGACUGCACUGCACCCUCCCCAGCCCGAGGCCCUCAGAGGCUCCUCGGGGGACAGUCUCAGUUUAGUGCCGUUAUUUAAAGAAUCUCUCCACGUUUUUUGUAUCGGGAGGCGCCAUCGGCACUUCCUCCCCGUUCCCCGUGAGUGCCAAGAAGGUGUUGGACGAGCCUGCCCUUCCCCGCUGGUGCCCAUCUCCCUGCCGAGGCACCUGGACCUGGCGAGGACGCUGCCAGCUGAGCGGACUGAUUAACCAGUUUGUAUAUAGUGUAUAUUGCAUUAACCAGCUGCACACCCUCAGCCUGCUCUGGCUUUUGCCUCCUUCCUGCCAACCUGCUGCAACAGACCCUCCCAAGCCCUCCUCUCCCAUCUCAACGGCAGCUUCCUGAGGAGCCAACCUCAUGUCUUAGCUGAGUCUUUGGCCAACCUGGCUGGGCCCAUGGAGUGCACUCUACAUGGCUCCUGCCAUACAGCUGCUCUGGAAGCUGGGGAACCUGGCCUCCACACAGGCCCUGCCCUCGGCUGGCCCUAGGCCUGCAGUUCCACAGAGAAAGUCAGUCCUGGCCUUUUGGCCAACAGGUUUUUCAUUCUGCCUUCUAGAUGCCUCUGCUAUAAACCCAGGGGAGCUGUGGCUUCUCACUUACCCAUCAUGUUUCAAUUCCAGCAGAAAGGUAGGGUACCCUUGUUCAGAUGGAGCUUGCAAGGGGGAGCAUUAAUUUAACAGACAGCCGAAUGAAGCCAAAUCAAACGAAUCAGGUUUCUCAUUUAUUUUCUUGAGACUUGUUUGGCUUAAUAGCAAAAGUUAUGACUGUUCCACUUUGGGUUCAGUAUUUUUAGAAAAGGUGUAUGGCUUCUGUUCACUGUGGGGUCAGGCUCUUUCCCUUUCAUGAGAAAGGAGGGCUUUGCACCCUUGUUCCUUAUGUGUGCAAGGGCCUCCCACUGGAGCUACUUUGUAGCGUAGCACCAGGCACCUGGGGUGCAUCCAGAGGCUGCUGGACUAUGGGAAGACACCUCCAAGCUGGGAUAGGCGGUUUUACAUUACUGACAGACCUGUUUUAGUAUGAAGGUGGGAGGAAGAUUUCUUGGCCACUGGGAAGAAGUGGCAGUGGGGUGGGGGCAGCCAGUAUUGACCCAUUCCCCCCCCUGGAGUAAAAACCAGGGUAAUAUAUGAUUACUCCCCCCUUCCCCAGACACUUGGUUCCCUUUCCCUUAAAGGAUCACGUAACUGGGAAGAACUGAUUUGGACACCAUAAUGUGUUUUAUUAGAUUUCUUUUCCUAGGCGAUUUCCAGGCACAGUCCUGACUGGACAAUCAUCACAGAUUACUGCAGAUUUUCCAUGUUAACACUGUGGAUGGGUUUUUAAUCAAUAAAACUGGGGCUUUCUUCUCACCUGUCUCUCCACUUGUCCAAACUGUGCAAAGCUGGGGUUCUGUGCGACAGGCCUGUGUUUCUGGGCUGGGUUUGGGAGCUGUGGGCCUAGGAAGGUAGGUGCUGUGGAGGAUACUUCAGGGCCAAGCGGUAGGCAGCGGCUCCAUAUCCAGGUGAGCUGGGAGUUGAGGUAGACUGUUUUCAGCACUGUCUUGGCUGACUGGGGGACAGGUGUCAUCACACAUGCUUCUGAGCAUGUGGGAGCCAGUGCUGAGGUUAUUUGCCAAUUCAAGCAAUAAGAGGGUCAUCUUGGAGCAUCCAGCCCAAGUUAGGUGCCUCUGUGGCUUUUGGCACUUGCCUGUUAAGGCGCAGGUGAUGGGUGAUUUUGGUGACAACAGUGCCUGUCCCACAGAGUGGUACAUGCAUGAGUGGGGGUGGGGUGUGGGUAAGGGAGGGGGUGGGGGACUCAGGGCUAAACUGGUGUCCUGGUGGACCUGAUGUGAACCUCCUGUCAAACAACAAACUUUUAAAUGGUUUGCUAGGAUUAUUUCUGUAUUGAAAGUUUCUAAUUAUGCUUUUUAAAAAAAAUACUAAAAAUAAAGGUUCAAGCUGCCAAAUUUC